GUUUUCUCUGACCUUGUUUUCAGCGCUACUACCGUAGCGGAUAGUGUAUUUGUUACAUUUUAAGGUGUUUGUUCGAACACACCUUUUGGUUGUUUUUUUGUCCGCACCAAACGCGUCUGAACUCGCUCCGGCACUGCGGCUUGAGAUUGGGGUUGAACGUACGUGCAAUCGGGCUAUGCUAUGCUAGGCUAGGCCCGAAACCACAUCGGCAACACUUAUAAACUGGAAGAAAAGCGAACGUAACAUUCUCCAGAAACGCGUGUGAAUGGAGCAGUGUGCGAGUACGGCCUCCCUGCUGGCCUCCGUGCGGGAGCAGGAGAGACAGUUUGAGAUGCUGAGCCGAGCUCUAGAGGAGGAGCGGAGGUCGUGCGCCGGCACCCUGCCCCGCCCACUCCCCAACAUACAGAACGGCCGCCUUCCUUGUGAUGCGGACAUAGAAAGGCUGACACUUAACGAGGGUUACGUCAACGGGACACAUCAUUUCAGGAUGGAGCCUGGUCCGAUGGUACAGGAGACGUACACCAUGGAGGAAGUGCCCCAGGAGUCCAGCCCUGUUGUCUCUGUGGAGACCAAUGAUGACGGCACCACGCGACGCACAGAAACCACGGUAAAAAAAGUAAUAAAGACCACUACGACUCGCACCGUCAUUCCCUCAGUAUCAGACACACUUUCCAUGGAUGGUGGGGGAUCAGCGACGGGUAUGGGAGCCUACAUCCCGCCCAUAGCCGGGGGCUACAGGCAUGCCCCUGGAGUAGGUGUGCCCAUGGAAUACCCCACCCAGACUGUGCCCCGAAACUACCACUAUGGACCUCCGGGUGGCUAUGAGGACUAUCGCGGUGGACCCCCCUCUGAAACAUACGCAAGCCUCAACAGGGGCGCUCGCAUGGAUGAUCACUACAGACCAGUCCAUCCAGACGGUUACAGAACUUUGGAUCCAAGCUACAGAGCCCCCAGCAGGAACCAGCUGGACCCCUAUGCUGCUCAGCCUCAGGUUGGGCGCAUGGGAAGUGCAGUGGAGCUCUCCUCCAUCCCAAGGUUCGUCCCAGAGCCAUACGGUCUGGAGGAUGACAGCCGCAGCAUGGGUUAUGAUGAUUCUGACUACGGCAUGGGGCAUCCAGUGCACUACAGCACAGUGCCCCGCAAUCACCAUGGCUUCCCCCAAGGGCCACCACGUAGGACUGGGAGUUACGAGGGCACGCUGGAUGCCAGUAUGAGUGGUCCAGGGGACAUGUACUAUUGGGGAGGUGCUCCUUUGGCACAGGGUGAAAGAGGAAGCAUGGCUUCACUGGACAGCACUCUGAGGAAAGGCCCAGGCCCGGGUGGAUGGCGCCAGCCAGAGCUGCCAGAGGUUAUCGCAAUGCUCAACUACCGCUUAGAUCCAGUUCGGAGCAAUGCUGCCGCAUACCUGCAACAUCUUACUUACAAGAAUGACAAAGUCAAGUCUGAGGUUCGUCGUCUGAAAGGCAUCCCAGCGCUGGUUUCUAUGCUUGACAACCCAAACAAAGAGGUUCACUACGCAGCCUGUGGAGCACUGAAGAACAUUUCGUAUGGUAAAGACCCAGACAACAAAAUUGCCAUCAAGAACUGUGAUGGCGUGCCAGCUCUGAUUAGGCUUCUCAGGAAGACCCGUGACCAGGAUCUCACCGACAUUAUCACAGGGACACUUUGGAACUUGUCUUCCCACGACUCUGUCAAAAUGGAGAUUGUGGACCACGCGUUGCACGCUCUCUCCGAUGAAGUGAUGGUGCCCCGUUCGGGCUGGGAGCGCGGGAGCAACGGUGGCGGAGGCGAGGAGAACUGCAAGCCGAGACACCUGGAAUGGGAGACGGCCCUCACUAACACAGCCGGCUGCCUGAGAAAUGUGAGUUCCGAGCGAAGCGAAGCGCGGCGGAAGCUGAGGGAGUGCACAGGAUUGGUGGAUUCUCUCAUGUACAUCGUCCAGUCCCAGAUUGACUGUAAAGACGUGGACAAUAAGCUGAUAGAGAACAGCGUGUGUCUGCUGAGGAACCUAUCCUAUCAAGUCCACCGUGAAAUCCCGGGUUGUGAGCGCUACCAAGAAGCUGCACCCGUCAACCAGGGUCCAGCCCCGUCCAGCCAGAAGGGCGGCUGUUUCAGCUCCCGAAAGAGUAAAGAUGAAUGGUUUUCCAAAGGAAAGAAAGAUGAGGAUGCAGUUGCCGACACAGUAGACAUCCCAAAGAGGACCACGCCUGCUAAAGGCUAUGAGCUGUUGUUCCAGCCAGAGGUGGUCCGCAUCUACACCUCUCUGUUGAAGGAGUCGAAGAACCCCACCGUGCUAGAGGCCUCAGCUGGAGCUGUGCAGAAUCUAUGCGCUGGACGUUGGACAUAUGGCAGAUACAUUCGUGCCCUGCUGCGCCAGGAGAAAGGCCUGCCCAUGAUGACUGAGUUACUGGCCCACGGCAAUGACAGAGUUGUUCGAGCGAUGUCCGGGGCCCUCCGCAACCUGGCAAUCGAUGCUCGCAACAGAGACCUACUUGGCAAACAUGCAGUGCCUCACCUCGUGGCCAACCUGCCUGGUGGCGGUCAGAGUCAGCCUGUGCGAGCGCUGUCGGAGGCAACAGUGGUGUCUGUUUUGAGCACGCUCCAUGAGGUGCUGGGCUCCAGUCUGGAAGCAGCAAAGACUCUCAGGGCCUCACAGGGAAUUGAGAGGCUAGUCCUCAUCAACAAGGACGGGAAUCGUUCAGAGAGGGAAGUGCGCGGUGCUGGUCUGGUACUGCAGACGGUGUGGGGCUAUAAGGAGCUGCGGCGCACUUUAGAAAAGGAUGGAUGGAAGAAAACAGACUUCAUGGUCAACCUAAACCCUUCCAGCAACACCACCAGGGCCAACGGCGGAUAUGAGGACAGCACGAUGCCACUCAUAGACAAAGGAGGGAAAAGUGAACAAGAAAUGAUUCCAAUGAAUGACAUGGGACCAGACGCCUACUCCACACUGGACCAGAGGGGGAGAAGGAACACUCUGGACAACACAAUUGAGCCUGAUGAGAAAGAUGCAGUACAGGGAGGGAGGUUUGGGGAGAGGCAGGCCUGUUUGCCUCUAAUGGAUUCUUAUGAUGAAAAACUGAUGGUGUGCAUCAUGAGACGACAGCCUCCUCCUGCCCACUGCCCCUGCUGAACUGACAAAGAGGGACCUGAACACUACCGACGGGACUAACCACCGCCCUUCUUCUUCCUCCAUCCUCCUCCUCCUCAUGCUUUUGGAGCGUCUCUUUGCUCGUUAUUACAUUCCUCCUUUCGCCGCUGACCAAUGAAACCCCAUGACAAACUGGAUAAACGGCGUGGCUAACGACAACAAGAUUGUGACACAAUGACCAUCCCCCCCUCCCAAAAAACUAAAACUACAAUAGGAGAAGGAGUCAGUUAGAUACUGUGACUAAAAGACUAAAAAGCCUUCACCACUACGACACUAAGGCUCGCCUGGAAAACACUAAUGCACUCAUUCAGGUUUGAGCAGAUACUCGGACGUCACAUUUGGGUGUAAUUGGACAUGAAUAAUGCAGUGCUUGUGUAAUUCCCCUCUCUCGACAACUCCACAAAACAAAAACAAAAAAAACAACAAAGAUUUCUGAUCCAUGGAUUCCUGUUUUGAUAUUGGUUUUUGCUUUUGUGCUGUAUGACGUGUGCCAAAUGACAAUGCUGCCGCUACAACUGCCGUUACGGAGUUCUCUUCUAUUAACCACUAUAAAGACGCCGUCACUUGCUUUGUGGACAAUGUUUGUCUGUGAAACUCCACGGCUGGGAUGCCUGGGCGUGCUGCGCUUUCUAUAGUUGAUAUCAAUGUUUAAGGGGCGGAGGGUGGAAUUUUAGAUGUACUAAACCGACCUAUAUGUUUGCUAAAAGAUGCAUGUGUAUAUGUACAGGUAUAUAUCUAUACUGUAUGUAUAUAUACUGUGGAUCCCAGCAUAUUCGCGGCCCCCCACAAAUGGGCAGAUUUUUGAAUAAAACAUUUUGUUGAGCAUGAUUUGAUAUUUACAACACCCCCUCGCUCACGGUGCAACCAAAGUAACACGGAAAUAGGCGCCGACGCGACAAGGUACAUGCAAAACCACUAUUUUAUGCUCAUUUAUAACCCGCAAGGCAUGCUGGGAAGCCCACACACGCAGGAAGUUACCCGGCAUGCCUUGGGGGUUAUACACUAGCAUGACAUAGUCUUGUUUUGCAUUUAUAUUUGUUGCCUUGUGUCUUCCACGUGUUUUAUUUUUGGUUGCACCGUGAGGAAGUGAGGAAGGCCUUGUAUGGGCGUCUCAAUUACUCGUGCGACCCCUGCGAAUAGCCGGGAUCUACUGUGUACUUGGUAUACAGUAUAUAUGUGUACUGUAUACAUAUUUGUACUACAUCUUUUAGUUAAGACAGAUGUGGAUAUGUAGAUAUCUUGCUAUCUACGACAAACCGUAGUGAAUCAGCGGAUUUCUCUUUCCCGUACGUCCUUAAUCAUCUGAAUGUCGUCCUACAGUACGGUGUUUGUGGGGGCCAACUGGAGUGCCUUGCUUACUCAGGACAGGUAUGUUGGAUGUGUCAGUCAAACCUGAGCCGUGAUGUGGAAUGCUUUAGUUUUGAGUCGGGCAAGUUGAAUCUGUUCUUUUUAAAAACAAGGCGCUUUCGAAAACAAAACUCUUGGAUUUUCUGGAUCCGUGCGUCUCAAACACACCCGCCUUCAUGUCUGCAGGAAAAUGUCUUUUUGUUUGUUUGCCCGUAUUCUGUCCAGGACGACACACUCUAGUGCCACCUAAGAUGUACAUACUUGAUUGGAACAAGCACUAGGUGAUGUUUUCUUUCACUUUGCUUAUGCUUUUUCAUGCCGUAUUUUCACGUUGCUUUCAAUAAUGGGCCGUGUAGCGCGGGGCUUGGAUUGUUUUGUCUAAGGAGGCAUAGACCGCUGAUUUGAUGAAGAGGAGAAAAAGAAUAAAAAUAAAGCACAUUUAAACUUUA